AUGGUGUGCAUUUGGUUGGGAAAUUUCACAGCUUAUUUCAACGAAACCACCGCUACCACUGCUAUGCACACCAUCGGUGCAGAUUUCGGUGACUCCCAAAACCAGAACUGGAUCGCGACUGCAUAUCUCCUUGGAUUCACUGUCACACAGACCCUACUCGGACGGUUCAGCGAUAUCUUUGGUCGCUCUCAGGUUUUCAACGGCACAAUGUUUAUAUUUGCUGUCGGUACUCUCUGGUGUGCAUCUGCGCAGUCCAUGAUCUCCCUGAUUGGCGCCCGUGUCCUUCAAGGAAUAGGCGCUGCGGGUCGGCAAUCCGUGGCCGUUAUCGUCAUUCUCGAUCUCACAACCUCAGACACGCGUGGCUUAUGGCUUGGCUUCUUGAACAUGUCGUCAGCAAUCGGUCUGGCCAUCGGGCCCGUCCUAGGCGCUAUCUUCUCUGUAGACACCAAUUGGAGAUGGAUCUUUUGGACGACACUGAUACUCAUUGGGAUCACCAUGCUGGUUGCCUUAACCGCCAUGCGGUAUCCUGUGCCCCACAGGAAGCAGAGCGUUGGUCUUCUUGGACAACUCAGGGAAGUUGAUUACAUUGGAUGCAUUCUCGCUGUCGCGAUCUCAAGCAUGAUAUGCGUCGCUAUCGAGUUGGGAAAUAAAAUAUUCCCAUGGAAUUCCGCACCUAUUAUCGUCCUCUUCAUUCUGGGCGGCCUUCUCAUUCCCGUGUUCGCCUGUUACGAGCUCAAAGUGGCGAAGCAACCCGUCGUCGAUAUGCAUUUAUUCUCCAUUCCAAAUAUCCCAGUCACUUGCCUCAUCAAUUUCCUCACUGGAGCUGGUUAUUUUGGUGCCGUCUUCUUCCUUCCUCGCUACUUCAUCGACGUCAAGGGUUCCAGCCUCGUCACCUCCGGGCUUCAAAUGUUCGGACUCAUCCUGACUCUUGGCGUGUCCUCCGUUGUUGGCGCGAACAUCCUCUCUCAGACAGGCCAGGUCCGUCUCAUUGGGGCUGUCGGUGGUGCACUUUAUGCACUGGGGAGCGGACUCAUGUUCAUUGUCGGGCGCGACACGCCUGCAUCGCAGACUAUCGGUAUUUCGGUCAUAACCGGUGUGGCAUCAGGGCUUCUUUACCAACCUUCUCUUGUAGUCGGACCUAUGUCUGUUCAGCCGCACCAGGUUGCCGGCAUCAGCGGGUUUCUGUCCUUCCUCCGCACUCUCGGAGGGACAUUUGCGACCGCGCUUCUUACCGCGGUGUUUGAAACGGGUUUCACUACAGCUCUAGAGCGGAGUCUGAUCGACCAAGGGCUGGGAUUGGCGGAUGACGCAGCUGCGGGGAUGUGGCCCCAGUACGAGGACGAGAUAAUGAGUGCGCUUGUGAGGGCGUACCAUUUUGGAACCAUCCCUGCCGUCUGUUUUGGGGUCAUAUAUGCCAUCGCCGUCCUAUUUUUGAAGAGGGUCGAUUUCGUACCCGCAUGGAAAAGGAAGCGCCUUCAAAUACUUGGCAGUAAAGCACAAGAGUUAUCACUAUCCCCAUGGUUCAAGACACCCGCCAGCAAUGUGAGGAGCGAGGUCGGAUGA